AUGGCCACGCGCUCGGCUGCGGGCUUCUGCCUUCUCCGUGGCCUCUCCUCCACUGCCUUCGCCCUAGGGCUGAGGCAGCAGUCCGUCACGAAGACCGUCCUGUACGAGUGCGGCGGCCGGCCCACUCCGUUCUCCGAGUUCGUGCAGCAGUUUGGCCGCACGUACGAGGCCGGCAGCGACGAGUACGCGAUGCGCGAGGCCGCGUACUGGAGCCGCGCGGAGGCCGGCAUGCAGCACAACUGCGAUGAUGAGAAGCUGUGGAAGGCCGGCGUCAACCACCUCUCGGACUGGACCGACACGGAGCUCCGCGUGCUGCUCGGGCACAGGGGCGGCGCCAGGCGGUCCCGGAGCGCCGGCGUGGUCGACAGGGCUGUGCUCGCAUCUGUGUGGGACCAUGUCGCCGGCCAAGGCGUCACUGCGCCGAGCAUGUUUCCAAGGGAGUUCGAGUGGUCCAAUCUGACGUCAAUCCAGGAGACGUGGGACCAGGGGAAGCCAGCUGCCUGCGGCACCUGUUGGGCCGUGGCCGCGACGUCGGUCAUGCGCGCCCAUGCGGAACUCAAGGGGUUGCCCCGGCAGUUCUCCGCGAGCCAGGUCAUCGCUUGCACGCCAAACCCGAACGCGUGCGGCGGCACUGGCGGCUGCCAGGGCGCCACCGCGGAGCUGGCCUACGAGUACGUGCUGCGCGCGGGCGUCGCCGCCGGCGACGCGGCGUUCUUUGCCAUGGGCGGCGCGCAGACGAGGUGCCCCGGUCAGGCGCAGGUCGCCACCGAGAAGGCCACCGACGGCAUCGUGGAGGCCGACGGCCGCGAGGUGCACAUGCUGCCCGGCGCCGGCGUCGGCCAGGGGGGCCUGCGCGGCCGCGAGGUCGGCAUGGCUGGCUGGACGAAGCUGCCAGAGAACAAGGAGGAGCCCAUCGUCCGCGCCCUUGUGGAGCAGGGCCCCCUGUACGUGGCCGUCGCGGCCGGCAGCGGGUGGUUCUCCUACGCCGAGGGCGUCCUGACCCCCGGCGGGUGCGACGCCCGCAACGUCGUCAACCACGCGGUCGUGCUCUACGGCUUUGGGGUCAAGCCGCACACGCGCAUCGGCGACGUGAAGUAUUGGCAGAUCAAGAACUCCUGGGGCCGCGGCUGGGGAGAGGGCGGUUCCAUCCGCCUGCAGAGGCAGGACGAUGAGGAGAGCUUCUGCGGCUGGGACAACUCGCCCCAGGAGGGCUCCGGUUGCAGGGACGGCCCCAGCAAGGUGUGGGUGUGCGGCACGUGCGGGAUCCUCUAUGAUGCCGUCGUCCCCAGCUUCGUCAGUUGA